GGGCAGCGCCGAUUGGUGGAGCGGUGUGCGGAAAGGUCGAAGGGGAAAGGUCGCAGCUCCUGCUUCCAAGAUGGCGCCUAGGAGAAGGUUAUAUAUGCUCUUCGUGAGGGGGCUCCCCUGGACUGUGGCGCGAGAUGAAAUCAGCCAAUAUUUUAGUCAGUUUGGGUACGUCAAGAAAUGCAGCCUGCCGUUCGUAAGUAUGAGCCCCCUCCCCUGCAGCGCAAACGGAUUUACUGGUGUCUGCCAGCAGGAACUUUUCCUGCUGAGGCAAGAGGAUGAAACAGGAUUUCACAAAGGCUAUUGCUGGAUUCAGUUCAACUCACAAAGCAGCACGAACAGAGUGUUAAAGAAUUCCCACACUUUAGAGGGAGCCCAGCUCCAGGUCCUGAAAUCACGCCAGGGCCUUGCUGAAGUAAACACCUUACUUGCUGACAUGGAUUAACACUGGAAGGAGGCUUUUUAUUACAGUGGCAUGUAAUGCAUUUAAAAUAAAAGAUUAUUGACAAAC